AUGAGUACAAAAGAAGUACAAAAGAAGCUCACAAUAACGGAUACAAAAAUGUUAAGGAUAGCUUGGGUAUCUCAGCACGAUGCGACCAAGAAAUUCAAAUGUUUAAUGCAUUACUUCAAUGAAAAAUCUCUAAAAUCCUGUUACUAUCAAGUAAAUGGUAAUAAAGCUGUUGGGGUAGAUAAAGUAGAUAAGCAAGGUUUAUGGUCAAACUUGGAUAGCAAUUUAAGAAAGCUAAUAACUAAUAUGAAACAAAUGCGCUAUAGACCUGGAUAUAUACGUCAAAUAUCUAUCCCAGAGGAAGAUAGAAUAGGCAAGUUUCGUAAUUUAGGGAUUAGUAAUUUUGAGGAUAAGCUGGUUCAAAAGAUGAUGCAACGAGUUCUUGAAAGCAUAUAUGAGCCUAUAUUGCUAGAUUGUUCAUUUGGAUUCAGACCUCCAAGGAGCUGUCAUUUAGCAAUUAAGGAACUACGCAAUCAUUUAUAUUCCAGACCUGUACAAGCUGUCAUUGAUGUCGAGUUGGAAAACUUUUUCGGAAACAUAAAUCAAGAAACACUGAUUAAAGUAUUACAGAUAAAAAUCAAAGACAGUCGUCUUAUACAAUAUAUUAGCAGAAUGUUGAAAUCAGGUACAUUAUCAAAUGGGGAAAUGAGUAUUCAUGAAACAAGGUAG